UCACGGAAUACCGAGAAACAGAAAAUAUAAACCCAUAUCCACACAAAUUUCACGUUGACCUCUCAAUUCCGGCUUUUAUCAAAAAAUAUAACAUUAUAGAACCUGCACAACAGCUUAACCAGGAAAUAAUUACGGUAGCUGGUCGAAUUCAUAAUAAACGCGAAUUGGGGAAACUAAUAUUCUAUGAUCUUCAUGAUUCGGAACGAGAGGAGCAAGACUUUGCCAAAGUCCAUUCCACAAUCCGUCGUGGUGAUAUAGUUGGCGUUCGAGGAUAUCCUGGACGAGUUUCGCAAGGUGAAUUGUCCAUAUUUUCAAAAGAUAUAACACUACUUUCUCCUUGUCUCCAUCAAUUGCCAACACCACAACAAGGAUUUAAGGAUCAAAAUAAUCGAUAUCGACAACGAUACCUUGAUUUGAUCAUGAAUAAUAGCAGUCGUGAAAAAUUUGUCAUUAAAGCAAAUAUUAUUAAUUACAUUAGACGAUUUUUAGAUGAGCUUGGUUUUUUAGAAGUAGAAACACCUAUUAUGACUUCAACUCCAAGCGGUGCCUUCGCAAAACCGUUCAUCACACAUCAUUCAGAUCUUAAACGUGAUAUUUUCUUACGUGUCUCACCAGAAUUAUUCCUAAAACAGCUCGUAGUAGGUGGAUUUGAUCGCGUUUAUGAGAUUGGGCGACAAUUUAGAAAUGAAUCAAUUGAUGCAACACACAAUCCGGAAUUUACAUCUUGUGAAUUUUACAUGGCGUAUGCUGAUGUUUAUGAUUUGAUGAGGAUAACAGAAAGGAUGUUGGAGGGAAUGGUUAGAAAAAUCACGGGUGCAUGCAUAGUAGAUUACCAUCCGAAUGAAGGACACUCUCAUGAUGAUAAAGUAAUGAAAUUGGACUUUUCUUCACCUUUUAAAAAAGUUGAAAUAAUACCUAGUCUAGAAAAAAGUCUAGGAAUAAAGUUUCCAGCGUUAGAAGAGUUGCAUACCGAAGAAUCGAAUAAGUUUUUGGACCAUAUUUGCGAAGAACGCGAAAUUUAUUGUAAAAAUCCAAGAACCAAUAAUAGAUUAUUGAAUAAACUUAUACAAAAAUACAUUCAACCUACACUUAUAUCUCCAACAUUCUUGAUAGGUUAUCCAUUAUUCACAUCCCCGUUUGCCAAAUCUCAUCGAGACUUACCUUGUUUAAGCGAACGUUUUGAAUUAUACGUAGCAACGGAAGAAAUUAUAAAUGCAUAUACUGAGUUAAAUGAUCCUUUUGAACAACGAGAGAGAUUUAAAGAGCAAGAUUUGGAAAGGAAAAAAGGAGAUCUAGAAGCGCAAGUCACUGAUGAGGCGUUCUGUAUGAGCCUGGAAUAUGGGAUGCCACCCACGUGA